AUGACCUGUACGAUGACUGCUAUGGCUACGCCCCAAUAUACCCAUGUCGAGCUAUUGACACUGAACGGACCGGAAUACCGCAGGGUGUCAACUGCCCCUCCCCGCCUCCCGAGCGACGAUGAGAUUCCUGUGAUUGAUCUUGUCGGUAUUAAUGGCGACCUGGACGCACGUACUGUACUCGCGGCAAAGAUCCGCGCUGCUUCUCAGAAUACAGGAUUCUUCUACAUCAAGAAUCAUGGGAUUUCCGAGGAGAUGAUCGCGGGCGCUCUUACGCAAGCCAAAGCCUUUUUCCAUCAGCCGCAGGAGGAAAAAGAGAAGGUAUCCAACUUCAAGUUGAUGCAUAUGGAUGGAUACCACGCGGUGGGAACUACCCAGGUCAACAAAUCUGAGACAAAGGACCGGAAAGAGACCUUUUCCCUUCGCUACAACGCCCGCAAUGACCCAGCGACGGGACCAGACACCCCAGGUGAUCGGAUCUGGGAUGACUCGGCCCUUUGGGCUGGGACCGCCCAUCUCCCAAACUUUCGCGAAACCACCAUUUCGUUCUGGCAAGCACGAUUAGCCUUGGCGAGAAAAAUGGUCCGUAUUUUCGCCCUUGCAUUGGAUCUCCCCGAGGACUAUUUCGAUAGUGUCGUCACCCACCCCGGCGCCGAUGGCCUAUACAUCCACUACCCUGGUACACCUGAGGCCGAACUGAAAGACGAUAAAAUUGACGUUGGAAUCGGUUCACAUACCGACAUUCAAUGUUUCACAUUACUCUGGCAGGACAUGUCGGGAGGUCUGCAAGUCUUGUCGUCAUCUGACGAAUGGUUAGACGCUCGACCCAUCCCGGGCACACUUGUCGUCAAUAUUGGGGAUUUCCUGCAGCGCUUAUCCAACAAACGGUUUAGAUCCACGGUGCACAGAGUAUAUAACCGGCAAAGCACAUCGCGGUAUUCGAUGCCGUUCUUCUUCGGGUUCAAUCCCGAGACGGUGUGUCAGGUUGUACCGUCCUGUGUUGAUGAACAACAUCCCGCACUUUUCGAGCCAAUUUCAUGUGGAAAGUGGCACCGCGAUCGACUGGCUCUUGCUCAAGGCAAGCUGGCUACUGCAUGA